GGCGGCGUUAAUGUCUGGUAAGGUGUAGUCAGCGGCUCCGUCACCGACAUCACCGCGUCUUUCAGAGCCUGCUGGAGCUCCGUGUUGUCCGUCUGGAGGGGUUUCAGUCCGGUCGGGUUUCCUCUCGAGCCGCGGGAUGGCCGUUUUAACCAGCAAGGCCCUUCACGAGCAGCUGGCCAUCAUCAUGGGCGCGCUGACCAAAGCGGCGGUGGCGGAGAUCUGCGCGGUCGUGGACGAAGGUUACGCGGUGCUGCAGAUGGAGAUCACCCGGAGCCACAAGGAGAACGAGGACCUGAAGAAGAAGCUGCACCUCAUCGAGUCCAUAGUGGUCCGGGGGAGCGGCGGGGGGAAGGCGGCGUCCGCGGCAGAGCCGGAGCUCGUACCGGCCGCGGAGGGCGCACAGCAGGCGGAAAAGCAGCAGCAACAGCGGGAAAGUGACGGAGGAGACACCGCUGCUGCUGCCGGAGGAGAAGGAGGAGCUGCCGCGGUGGUCCGGGAGGAGCUUCCAGAUGUGGUGUUGAUCAAAGACGAAGACUCGGACAGUAACGACAGCUUUGAGGAAGAUAAUAAAACCGCCGCUGACAGGGAGGUGGCUGCAGCCAGAGAGGGCGUCACGUCGACUCCCGUCGGGCGGGGCAUGAAGAGACACUGGCCGGGGAGCGAAGCAGGUGACAGGACGUCGUCCUCUGAGCAGCUCGCACUGAAAGCAGGGACACAGAAGAAGAAGUCCGUCUACACUCUGGACUCGCCCCGCAGCGAGCCGGGCCGCUCCGGCCAGCUUGGCGGCGAUGAGAUGGACGCCGGCGAGUCUGUCUGUUCCUACUCCUCACAGAUGGACCCGAGCGUCCAGCUGGUCCACCAGGAGUGCUCGCUGGUCUCGCCGAGUGCUAACAGACAAACGGCCUACUUUGGUAACAGCGCUCUGAUGGAGUCUCAGUCUCCCGGAAACAGAGCAGAACUGGAUCACAGCCUGAUGUGGACCAAACAACCGAAAAAUCAGAUGACUUUCGCUCAGUUUCACCAAAACGAAAACAUUGAUGGCGACGCUUUCGGGAUCAAACUGGUCAGCGUCUCAGGCUCGACCUCCACAGACUGUCAGCUGUCUGAAAACAGCAACUCUGCGUUUGAGUACGAGGACGCCGACAUGAUGAACUUCGCCCUCUACAGGGAUCAGCCGGGUCACUCUCAGCCGAGCGCCGGCGCCCGGGCGAAGCGCCUCAUGUGCUCCAUCUGCAACAGGACUUAUGCCACAUCUCAGAACCUGGACGUUCACAUGCGGAUCCACACGGGCGAGAAGCCGUUCAGCUGCGACCAGUGCGGCAAGAAGUUCACGCAGUCGGCUCACCUGAAGUCGCACCUGAGCGUUCACUCUGGAGAGCGGCCGUACACCUGCACGCUCUGCUCCAGGAGCUUCAUCGUCAAGUACAGCCUCAAGUUACACAUGAAGAAAUGUCAUCCCAACGUCUGAGAGAACGAGUCAAACGUUCUGUAAAUAUCCGGUUUUACAAGGAAGAAAAGUUACUUACAGUUCAGAAGUAAUUUGUUUUCCAAAGGUGCAGAAGGAAAAUGUUUCAUUAUGUUAUUUCAACAGCAACAGUGAAUUUGAAUGAUUGACAAAAAAUUAAUCAGUAACUAAGAUAUUGAUUAAUCACUUUAAUGUCCUUUUUCAAGCAGAAAUGACAAUCAUUUGAUGGUUCCAGAACCGAACAGUUUGAAGCUUCAUUCUUAAUGUUGACAUUUGAGUUCAUAAAUCAAUGAUUUCUUUUAUUGUUUAUAUUUUGUCAUGUCUAUUCAUUCUUUUUGACUUCAGUUGCAGACAAAUAUUAGGCUACACUAACACUGUUAGUAUUACACUAUCUGUGCUGUAAGUCCUGGUGAUUGAGAAGCUCAUUAUGCAUAUGUGAUGGGGGAGGCCAGCUCAGUUGGGGGAUCAGCAAUUGUAUCAGGGUGGCCUUAGCCCCCCACUUGGUGGCACCCCUGGCCAGAGUAAAUUCGUGAACACAUAUGUCACACUAACCUCUGCGAUGGCUGGAACUGCUUCUCCUUGGCGAUCUGAUGUCAGACGAUCGUGAUGAUGAUGAUGAUGAUGCUUGUAGCAUCUUCAUGUCCUGAAACCUCUCACCAAACACCGGGAGGAGUUUUCACUCAGCAGCAGAUUCAGGUGUUGGAGCAGCAUCUGUUCCAGCAGAGUAGGAACAUGCAGUGUUUCCUCUUUAGCUUUAAUUUCACUUCACAUGAUUUCACAUGUGACAGCAGAGAGCUGAGGAGCUGCUGGAGCUCCAGGUUCAGCUCUGAGAGGUUAACGUCCACCAUGAAGGUCAAAUCACACAGACGUGAGAUCACUGAGUUUCCACUUCAGGUUUUCUUUCUUCAUUUCUAUGAAUUAUUCCAGACAAACUGACACUUUCUCCGGUGUUAGCAGCUUGUUAGCAACAAGGCUCCUUCACUAAUUCUCCUUCUGGAUGAGGUUUUAGCUUCUUAGCUGUUAGCUUGCUCAGCACUAACCUGCCUGCAGAACAGCGGCUCUGUCAGGACGUGGUCUGUGAAAGCUGCUUGUUGAGCAUCAAACUCCACUGAAGAGCGUUAACUUCAUCCAGGAGCGUUUGUCCUGGAGCUUGUCCAGGUUAGCAUGUUUGUAGCUGUGAUGACUCUGGAGAUUCAGCUUCUUCAUCACUGUGAGCUUGUUGCCUCAAACUAACUGAGACACUUUGGUUUGUCUUUUACUCAAACACACGAUUGUCCUUUUUCUUUUGUAAAGUGCGACACUGCGUAUCUACUUACGGUUUUCUUGACAGCCGCCAUGAUGCAUUGACGUGAUAGCAACGCGACGCAGGUGUUGCGUUCGGGGACCGCUCGGAAGAAGCAGUCUAUUGUAUUUUAUUCUAAAAUAGCUAGUUGUUUUUUUUAUACACAUGAAUUGCCUCGCGGGCUGGUCAAAUGGUGUGGCAUACCCCACCACUGCUAUGGACCAAACAAGAAAUCAAGAAAAUAAUUGGCAGAUUAGAGCAUCUCAUUUAUCAAAUGGGAGACACAUGAUUUUGGAAUGAAACCUAAAAUUUGCCAAGUUGCUAAUGAGCUGUGCCUCUGCAGUUAAAAGGGUUGUUUAUAGUGUACAGGUCAAAAACAAUUUCAUGGAAGAAUAAAAAGUUGUGUAAAAAGUUUGUGUCAUUCUUGGCUAAUAAAAUAAUCUCAGAAGU